AUGAACAAAUUUGGUCUCGUUCAACUGAGCAACUCCGCUCAAAACAGCCCUCUUCAUACCGAGUUGCCCACCAAGAGACACGUCGUGGAGCCUCUGAAGUUGUCCACUCUGAAGAAAUACCAGCCGAUCGUGCCGUCACCACUCACCACUACAUCGCCAUUCAACGUCGUCAGUAAGGAGAACAAGGAGAAUGCGGAGACGCAAACAUUUGAAGUGAGGGGCAGGUGAUAACGAGAUUUUAUGUGAUAUAGUCAUUGGCCGAAAUAUGCUGUUUCUCCUCUCGAUUAUUCAUCAACAUUUUCACGAAAAGCUUUUAGAACCGGUAAUUAUCUAUUCGAUAACUCUAGAAUGUUCAUAUUUACCGCUUUAAUUUCGUUUUUUGCAGUUCUUCUCCGUCUCAACUCAAACGACAAUCUCCGUUCCGCACGUGCCUCCACGGAUUACCGAGCAAGAGCUGAUGGCCGAAAGACCGUCAGUCAACUAUCUGAGAGUGCUGGCCGACCGAUUGCAAACCGAUCUCGACUCGGAACUGGAACGGAAUCUGCGGCUCGUCGAGGAACUGUGCACUCUGGACGAACAAUUGAGCAAAACUGAUAGAGAUAUGACGAUUCUCGAGGAAGUGUUUGCCGAAAUCGAGGAAGAGCAAGAGGCGAAAGAGGUCGGCACAGCUGACCUCUAA